CUGCAGAAUUUUUGUCUUCAAAGGUUGGAAAGAAAACAUUCAUCCUCCGUGCUGAUCAAGCUCGCCAAGGAGCAGAGGUUGAUGCUGAGCAGGGGGAGUUGUACUUGUGAGGAUGAGGGCUCUCCAGGGCGUUGGUGCACAUGCGGUGCGCAUGCGCAGGCUGUGGAGCUAUCAGGCAAUGCAGAUGCUGCGGCCGCCGCUUUUAGCGGCAGAUCUUUCCCAAAACCUUCUCCUCUCCAAUCAAUUUCUGGCUGCCCAUUGCGCAAGCUUACUUUCUCAAUUCCAGUCAGCAUCUUUUGCAAUGCACCAACGCCCCCAGAUUCAGCUGCCUCAACCAUCAUCAUCUGGCAGCAUUGCACACCACUUUCAUCGAAAUCUCUGGAGACCAACCAUGUUGCUUAGCAUGGAGAACCGGGCCACCUUCAGCACAGAGUCUGAGACUGAGGCUGAGAUUCGGAAGGAGGCGCUGCGCCCAUUCGCGCAGAAUCGGCAACACUCAGAAAAGGGCAGCCUGGAGGGGCCAGCCCCAAAGUACAAGGUGUGGAAGGUGACACGAGAUGGGCGCAAGACCGAGGAGGAGAUUCCACAGGAAGCACUGGGGCUUCCUCCCAGGGACCUGGACAUCCUGAGCUCUGUUACGUUCACCCCCCACAGGGCCCAGAUCGGAGCCAGGGGUGGGAAAAUGCUAGUCCGAAUGGAAAAUCUGCGCGCUCUCAUUGCCCCUGAGGAAGUCAUCUUCUUUGGCGGGCGCUUCGCCAGAUCAGCCGCCACCUGUGCGGAGCUGGCCGCCUCGUUUCUGGCGCAGCACCCGCAAGGAGGCAGCCAGUUCCCGUUCGAGCUGCGCAUGCUGGAGUGCAUCCUGCGCGAGACGCGCACCUACUUUGUGCACAAGAUCGCCAAGCUCAAGAUGGUCGCAGAGGCCAUGCUCGAGGACCUCGCCUCCGACAUCUCCACCGCGGGGCUUCACCUGCGGCUGCUGCCCCUGAAGCGGACAAUGACCGAGGUUGACAAUGACGUCAGGGAGACGUACGAGGCGCUGACGGAGGUGAUCGAGAACGACACGCUGUUGAUGGACCUGUGCCGGACGGUGGACGAAGGCUCGGAAGGGGCAGAAAGAGCAGGUAAUGAGGCGGGUGGGUCGGGGCGCAAGCGCGCGGUGGUGGCGAUGCUGCUGAGCUACCAGCGCGAGGUGCAGGACGUGGGCAGCGCGCUCAAGGAGCUGCGCGAGAACAUGGACUCCGCGCAGGCCGUGUGGGAGCUGGGGCUGGACAGCACGCGCAACCGCAUCAUCAAAAUGAACCUCUACAUCGGCAUGGCCACGCUCUCGGCCUCCUGCGCGCAGUUGCCGGCCGCGUUUUUCGGCAUGAACGUCCCGAGCGGGCUGGAGGAGGCGGGCGGCCUCUUCCCGUACAUCACCGGCGCGGCAUGCGCGGCGUCGCUCGGCCUCUUCGGGUACUGCCUCUACUGGUACAAGUUCCGGCCGCAGAGGAAGCACCAGCGGAGGCUGCAGGACAUUGCGGCCCUGCGGGAUCUACUGCAUCACAUCGACGACCUGGAUGACAUCAUCAAGAAGGGGAUGGGCAAACGGCCGCACGUGAAUGAGCAAGAGUUCACCGAGAUUCUGAGGAACCACCCCGCGACCGCUCAACUGAACAAGGGUUCAGUGGCGCUCAUUUUCCGCAUGCUCGACCAGAAUAAGAACCACUGCAUCGACGUUGAGGAGUUCGGCAGGGCACUUGAUAGCCCAACAACUUACAAGAACUCGCAACAGAUCCAAUAACCAGAUUGAUAGAACCGUUGGACACGCUGGUAACCGCUGCCAAGUUCUCCAACAUGUAGUAAAAGAUAGUAGGCAGGUACACACUCAAACUGACUCAUUAAUGAUAAUUCACUGGCAAUUGUCGCCAGAAUGAUGAUCUCCCCGAGCAAGUGUCAAAUGUUAGUAGUUGCCUUACUAGCCAGCCAAUAAUAAUCUUGCAAAAGUGUACAUUGCCGAACUCAAGAUCGGAAUUUAUGAGAACCGAUCGGCACUUCCCAUG